UUCAGUAAGAACGGUUUCUCGUCGUUUCUUUUCCAGGGAUUUUCUUUGAAAAGUAGAAGAUUAAGAUUUAAGCGGAGAUAGCGUUAAACAACCCGCAGCCAGAAAAAUAUACAGGAAAAAGACAAACACAUAAGUAUGGCGGAUGUAAUCGGUUCUUGGGAGGAGAAGUCUUUAUAUUUGACUCAAAUUCAAUAUCUGGAGGAGCAGUUGGAGAGAUGUCAAUUUAAAUAUGACGAGCUGGAGAAACAGAAUAAGGACCUGGCCCCUAAGUACAGCGCGCUGGAGAAGGACAAGAAAGACACCACUGAGUCCCUGAAACGCUCCGCGGCUGUAAAACAGAAGAGGGUUGAAGAGCUGACUGAGCAGCUGAAGACUCAGCAGCAGACGGACCAACAGGACAGAGAGGAACUGCAGCUGCAGCACAGCCAGCAGAAGAAGGAGCUGCAGGACCGGAUCAACGGACUUUACUCAGUAAGCAGGACGAUGGUGAAAAAGUUUGAGGAGCAGCAGGAGCUGGAGGAGCAGCUGAAGCAGCUGAUGCAGGAACAGUCCAACAUAGAGUCUAUGAAGAAGCAGCUGUUGGAUCAGAGAGAAGAGCACACAGCUGCCAUCGACAGCCUGAUGAAUGAACUAGAGUUGGAGAGGGAAAAGGUGAUCGUGGAGGGGCAGCAGGCUGUGGACCGAUGCGUUGAGAAGAAGGCCUCAAAGAUUCUCCGCAAGGAGAGAGCUCUUCACAGCGAGCGGCUGCAGCAGCUCCAGGUCCUGCUGAACGAAAACUUGGUCCUGCCAAAGGAGAAAGACGUCUUGCAAGACAAAAAGAGGGUUCUUUGCUUUGAGAGAGAGCAAAUGAAGAAAGCGCUCAUAAAGAUUACCCAGGAGAGUAUCAGCUACAAAGAUGAGAUAAAGCAGCUGAAGGAGAAGUGCCAGAAGCUGAGGGUGGACCUAAAGGACCGUGAUGCCGCCUGCAAGAGCAUGCUGACCAAGAAAGAGGAUCUCUGUAAGCGCCUGGAUUCAGUGGACAAGGACAGACGACAAAAAACGUCCGAGGCAGAUCAGCUGAAGGUGGAGCUCCAGAGGGAGAAGAGCAGGAGGAGGCAGAUAAAGAACGUCAUUCAGGAAGCAGGCAUCACUCUCAGCCACAUCCUGACGGAGUUAGACAAGCCGUCCGAGACUGAGUGGAAGAUCCUGAGGCUGCUGGAGAUCCUGGAGAGCACCGCCCCCCCCAGCGACCAGGCUCCGCCCUCGACAACUCACAUGAGAAGAGCAGUUGAGGGCCAAAACCGCAGACCACUGACCCCAAACCAGCCAGGAAACUCUGCAGUCAGAAGACCCCCAGCUCUGUCGUGUGCUCCUCAGCAGGCUGAUCCAGAAGCCGGAGCCUCUGCAGAUUGCUGAACCGAAUCCAGCCCACAGUAGGGAAGAUCAAUGUUGUUCAUCCCACCGCCCCAUUUCAGAAUAAAGGUUUUAGUCACUUUAGUCCUGCUUUUGUUCUGACCGCUGAUCUAUUUGUGUAGACUUGUAGAUUAUUACUGUUUUGAGUAUUUACAGAUUGAAAAGUAUUUUUUAUAUUUAUGAUAAUUAUUCUGUUGACUAAUUACUGUCAGAAAAUAGUGGAAAAUUAAGUUUCCAGAUUCCUGUUUUUGUUGUCUUUUUCUGUGAAGCGUUGUGUUCUCAAUGCUUUAUCUGUAGGUAUGUGUGAGAUUCUGAUGUUUUCUUCAGAUGUGUAUGUUGACAGUUUGAUAAAAAGAUUUUUAAAAAGGAGGUGAGGCAUUUAAAUGUUAUGCCAUGUGAUAAAAGACCUCCGUGUAGGAUACACCAGUGUUUCCUUGCUCCUUCAGAAGCCUCCUCUCUCGUCGUCUCCUCGAAGUGCAUUUAAGGGAUCGGAAGAUCCUCCAUGAUAGAGGAGGGGAAACAAUUUCCGGGUCACAGGAGGAGAGAGGACGCGAGGAAGCAUAAGUUAGCGUAAUGAAAAUAACCCAGUGACUCACUCACAGACUCCUGCCUUCAUUAGUGAGAUCAUUUAUCAUAAUUACAAAUAUAAUGUAAUGAUAUAAUUAGGCCUGUCACCAUAAGAAAUUUUGCUGGAUGAUAAAUUGUCCCAGAAAUUAUUGCGAUAAACCCUAAUAUUGUCAUCGAGAGACCAUUUGCAUA